AUGCAUAACUUAAAAUACUACCCGUUUCAAGACUGGGCGUUUGAGGUGAUGAGAUCCGUUCUGCUGGAGACUGAAAUGGCUUCGAAUGCAACCAACUGGCCGCUGCCGGUGCCGCGGCGGGUGCAUGGGAGGGCGAUAGAGGCGGCGGGGGACUUUGGGGAUUUACACCGCGUGGUGGGGGAGAACUUCUAUGUUACCACGCAGUGUUACAGCGAGGCGUUUCCGGGGCGAGUGAUGAACGGCACGCAGCUGACCCUCGUGGAGGCGUCAGGUAUUGUGCCCUGCCUGUUGAGGAGCCGCAUAUUGCGACCCCAGCCUGCUGCAGUUGUGCUCCCCUUCCUGCUGCUACUGUGCUCGCCUGGCUCAUAUGACUUCACCAUUCGUACAGCGGUCACGCCUGAGCGCAGCGCAGAGUUCUUUCAGGAGCUGCAGAAGACAUGGGAGGAGCUCACAGUGACACCCGAGCGCAGCGCAGAGUUCUUUCAAGAGCUGCACAAGACAUGGGAGGAGCUCAGUGACGCAGCAACCGACACGCACACACGGGCCACCGAUGUGCACUUGUACCGGCGGCGAGUGAGGGAGGGCGUGCUGCGGAUGGGGUACUACUGGUAUCAGUUCAUGCCGCUCACCCGCGGGUCGGCAAUGGUCGGCAUUAUUUCUAUUCUCGGCCUCUCCCUGGCUGCUGACAUGGAGACGAUCUCGCUCAUCCCCAAGGAUGUUCAGUUCAUGCCGCUCACCCGCGGGUCGGCGAUGGUCGGCAUUAUCUCCAUUCUUGGCCUCUCCCUGGCCGCUGACAUGGAAACUCUCUCGCUCAUCCCAAAGAACGUUCAGGUGCGCGCUUUGCCUUGGGCUGGAGUGGGAUUGUUGGCAGUGAGUGUUACCCAUGCUCUGCUGCCCCCCCUCUCUCUGGCUGCGGACAUGGAGACGCUCUCACUCAUCCCCAAGACUUUCAGGGGUGACUCUAACGAAGGCGGGCUGGAGGGUGAGGGAAGAAGAGAGGAGGAGAGAGGGGAAAGAGCGAAAGGGGAAGGAGGAGAGGUGGUUGGAGAGGGAGAGGAGGUGGGGCAGGGUCAAGUCAAGAAGCCACUUCACGUGGUGCUUGUGUGUCCUCAGAGGGACCAUGGUCCCCACAUGUGGUGUGGCACAGUCCCCUCCUCCAUUCCCUCGCUUUCCUUCCUCUCAUUGUUCCCUUCCUCUCCUCGCUUCCCUUCCUCUCAUUGUUCCCUUCCUCUCCUCGCUUCCCUUCCUCUCAUUGUUCCCUUCCUCUCCUCGCUUCCCUUCCUCUCAUUGUUCCCUUCCUCUCCUCGCUUCCCUUCCUCUCAUUGUUCCCUUCCUCUCCUCGCUUCCCUUCCUCUCAUUGUUCCCUUCCUCUCCUCGCCUCCCUUCCUCUCAUUGUUCCCUUCCUCUCCUCGCUUCCCUUCCUCUCAUUGUUCCCUUCCUCUCCUCGCUUCCCUUCCUCACCCCCACACUCACUCACAGAUCCCAGGCAACACAGGGUCGAUCAUCCGCACGUGUGCUGCCAUGGCUAUCCCCGGCAACACCGGGUCCAUUGCGCGCACAUGUGCUGCCACGGCCGUUCCGCUGCACCUGGUCAAGGUGGGUGUGAGGGCUGGUAUGGGGCAGUGGGAGGAUAGGACGGGGGCUGGACUAGUGGCCGUCCGUGGUGGUGCCCUCCUUGUGCUCUGGACUAGCACACCCCAUGCACGGCAUCUCCUUGUGCUCCCCUCCCUGCUGCUCCUCCUCUCCCUGCCAUCACUGCAGCCUCUGGGAUUCGACAUCACGGACUCUAAGCUCAAGAGAGCAGGGCUGGACUACUGGCCGUUCGUGGUGGUGAACGUGCAUGACAGCUGGGGGGCGUUCAUGGAGUAUUUCAGGCUGCAGGUGAGCCGUGUUAGCUGCCUUUUGAGCUGA